AUGUCCGCCCCUCGCCCAGACGGCAAGGUUGCCAAGAAGCGCAAGCGUCCCUCCAAGGGUGCUCCUCCCGUUGAGGAGGAGUCGCCUGCCCCUGCCGCCGUUGAGUCGGACGCCGAGAUGGCUGAGGAGGAGGAUGUCACUGCCCCCGAGCCUUCGUCGUCCAAGGUCACUCUCGAUGGCCCCCCCACAGCCUCGACCGACUAUGAGCGUGUCCCCUUCUCGUCACUCCCCCUGUCGCCUGCUACCCUCAGCUCGAUUGAGCGCAUGGGCUUUGAGACCAUGACCGAGGUCCAGGCGCGCACCAUCCCGCCUCUCCUUGCCGGCAAGGACGUUCUCGGUGCUGCCCGUACUGGUUCGGGCAAGACCAUGGCGUUCCUCGUCCCCUCGGUUGAGAUGCUUAACCAGCUUCGUUUCAAGCCUGCCAACGGUACUGGUGUCGUGAUCAUCUCGCCCACGCGUGAGCUCGCGCUCCAGAUCCUUGGUGUUGUCAAGGACCUCAUGCAGGGCCACUCGCAGACGUUUGGUAUUGUCAUGGGCGGUGCCAACCGCAAGGCCGAGGCCGACAAGCUCGUCAAGGGUGUCAACCUUCUCGUCGCUACCCCCGGUCGUCUGCUCGACCACCUCCAGAACACCAAGGGUUUCGUGUUCAAGAACCUCAAGGCGCUCGUCAUUGACGAGGCCGACCGUAUCCUUGAGGUCGGUUUCGAGGAGGAGAUGAAGCAGAUUAUCAAGAUCCUGCCCAACGACAACCGCCAGUCGAUGCUGUUCUCGGCCACCCAGACCACCAAGGUUACCGACCUGGCGCGCAUGUCGCUCCGCCCCGGUCCCCUGUACAUCAACGUUGACCAGAAGAAGGACACUUCGACUGCCGAGUUCCUCGAGCAGGGUUACGUUGUGUGCGAGUCGGACAGGCGAUUCCUCUUGCUCUUCACCUUCCUGAAGCGCAACCUCAAGAAGAAGGUCAUUGUCUUCUUCUCGUCGUGUAACUCGGUCAAGUACCACGCCGAACUGCUCAACUACAUCGACGUGCCCGUCCUCGACCUACACGGCAAGCAGAAGCAGCAGAAGCGUACCAACACCUUCUUCGAGUUCUGCAACGCCCCCACUGGUAUCCUUCUCUGCACGGACGUUGCCGCCCGUGGCCUCGACAUUCCCAAGGUCGACUGGAUCAUCCAGUUUGACCCUCCUGAUGACCCUCGCGACUACAUCCACCGUGUCGGCCGUACCGCGCGUGCCGGCAAGGCUGGCAAGUCGCUCCUCUUCCUGCUCCCCUCCGAGCUGGGCUUCCUCCGCUUCCUCAAGGUCGCCAAGGUGCCCCUCAACGAGUACCAGUUCCCGCAGAAGAAGAUUGCCGAUGUGCAAAAGCAGCUCGAGUCGCUCAUCUCCAAGAACCACUACCUCAACGUCUCGGCCCGCGACGGCUAUCGCUCGUACCUCCAGGCCUACGCGUCGUACUCGCUUAAGAAGAUUUUCGACGUCAACGCCCUCGACCUCGCCAAGGUCGGCCGUGCGUUCGGCUUCUCGGUCCCGCCCAAGGUCAACAUCUCGGUCGGCUCCAUCAAGGGCAAGAAGUCGUCGGCCGGUGACGACGACGACAGCGACGACGACGCCGUCCGCGCCAACAAAAAGUCUCGCGACGACGACGACGGUGUCGUCAAAAAGGCCUACUACCGCAAUCGUAAGCCGCAGGGCAAGGGCAGGGCAUAG